GGAAGCAGAAGAAGGAAACAGCGGCGUCCACAUGGAGGAGAUGAGCCGCUGAAAGUGGGAGGAAAACUCAAAGAGCGCUUCAUUUUCACGUCUGUGCGACGACGGUACAAAUCUGUGCUUUCUGUUCGGAGUUCGGUUGUGUUGACGUUUAAAACACAUGGAGGACGUGAACGUUAUCAAGCUGCCGGUGACGGAAGAAAGAGCCCCGGCUCAGAAGAGGGUCCGACCGCCGAAGUUUGACCCGGAGGAGGAGGAGGAAACGCGGCAGAGACACGUGAAGAGGCUGGCGGCGCUGGGACAGACAGACCGCUCGGUGAAGCUGCUGGAGGAGCUGGUGUUCGGAGCCGAGGACGAGCUGCUGGACAGACUUGUGGAGGAGGAUGAGGAGCAGACUGGAGCUCUGUUGGCGGAGGACGCAGUCGAUGAGUCGGACGAAUCGGAGGCCGAGGACGAAGCUCGUCUGCGGCGCCGGCCGACCGGAGAAGCUGCCUGGGUGGAUGAAGAUGACGAGCUGGAGGAAGAGGUCGACAUGAAGCAUCGUUACCGUAGAGACCUGAUCAGAGGAGAGGUGGAGUCCACCAUGUCCAAACAGAAACUACAGCAGAGGAUGAGAGAGCAGUUUCAGAAGUCGAUGGGAGGAGCUCCAUCGUGGGCAGAAAGUAACGUGAUGAAGAAGAAGAAGAAGAAGAAGAAGAAGACAGCUGCUGAUGAGGAGGAGGAGGAAGAGGAGGAUGAAGAUGAGGAUGACGACCUGCUGAGGAGGACAGGAAACUUUGUGGCGUCUUCAGACAGUCUGCCCAGCGGCGUCCUGAGGAUGAAGAAAUGUCUUCACGCCAACAGCGCCCGUCCAUCAGAGGACAGACUGACCACCGUCCAGUUCCAUCCCUCCGCUCAGGUUGUCAUGACGGCCGGCCUCGACCAAUCGGUCUCCCUCUUCCAGGUGGACGGGAAGACGAAUCCGAAGAUCCAGAGCAUCCACCUGGAGCGGUUUCCCGUCCACAGAGCUCAGUUCAGCCGGGACGGAGAGACGGUGAUCGCCACCAGCCUGAAGAACAAGAUGUUCUACCUGUACGACAUGAUGGAGGGCCGAGUCACACCUGUCCACACUGUCAGAGGUCUGAGUGAAGCCAGAGUGAAGGAGUUCUCUGUGUGUCCUGAAGGAGGCGCCCUGCUGCUCACCGGCACCAACGGAUACCUGCACCUCCUCACACUCAAGACUAAGGAGGUGAUUGGCAGUAUGAAGAUGAACGGUGAUGUCAGCGGCGUUGCUUUCUCUCGUGACGGCAGCAAAGUCUUCGCCAACUCAGACGAGGGGGAGGUGUAUGUGUGGGACCUGCGCAGCAGUCGGUGUGUUCACAGGUUCGUGGAUGACGGCUGUGUGAAGGGGACGUCCAUCGCUGCCUCACCAAACGGACAGUACCUGGCCUGCGGCUCUCAGUCGGGCGUCGUGAACGUCUACUCACAGGAGGCGUGUCUAAAUUCAGCCAAUCCCAAGCCUCUGAAAGCCGUGAUGAACCUGCUGACCUCAGCGACCUCUCUGACCUUCAACCCCUCCUCCGAGAUCCUGGCUGUGGCUUCCAGAGCCGAAGACGAGGCCGUGAGACUGGUCCACCUGCCCAGCCUCACUGUCUUCUCCAACUUCCCCGUCUCUAAGAGGAAGAUCGUUUAUCGAGCCAGCUGCCUCGACUUCUCCCCACACAGCGGCUUCUUCUCAUUGGCUAACAACAAAGGACACGCCCCUCUCUUCAGGUUGCUGCAUUACAAAGACUUCUGAAGAGGAACUCUGAAGCAUCGGGACCCUGACAGCUGGUUUUCAGGGUUCAGGUCUGAACCGUUUUCAUGUUCUGCUGCCUGUGAGAAAUCAGAGUGAGAAACUUUCCUUUAAAGCGAGACGCCGUCUCAACAUCUGCCGCGUCCCUUCAGACCAAAACUCCACGUUUCAAACAUCUUCCAGUCGAUGUGAAUGAAGUGACGUCAGCGGCUGCUUGGAAGGAAGAGAAUAACUGUUUGGACAGUGAUGGACAGAACAGAAGUGUUUGGGGCUGGACCGUGAGACCUGGUUGUGGACUUGGCUCAGACCGGCUGACUGAACUCGUUGGAUGUGUCCACGUGUUGGUCUUUUAUUGUUUGUAUGAACUCAAACCGUUCAACAUGUCUCCUGUCUCUUAUUUCAAUACCCAGAACCUAAAAUAGUGACUGAGAGGGGGGAACCAUUAGCUUAGCUUAGCUUAGCUUAGUGUCUGGUGAUGGGCGGAGCUCAGAUGUGACACCAUGAUGAGGUAGUUCAGUCCUGUUUGUGUUUCUGCACCUGUUCAAUAAAAACAUCA